UCCCAAAUUUUAAAUAAAAUAAAGGGAUGGAAUUAUUAAAGUGAGCCUGGUGUCACCACUUUCUUGCCCACUAGUCCCAAACUGCACCAUCCCCGUCUUUUGUCCCAAAUGCACAGAAGCUUUUAUGUUAUGUUAGUGCCAUGGAGUUGAGCCUGGUGUCACCACUUUCUUGCUCACUGUUGUUGUUGUUGUUGUUGUUGUUGUUGAGUCCUAAGUCAGUACGAUAAUAAUGUCGGCGGCUGUUCGCGACGGCGGUAGUGGAAGUGUUGGUAUCUCCGACAUCGGUUCAACCAGAAGCUUCGGCGAGAUUUCGGAGGAUGACACACUUAAACUAACCGUUAAUCUUGUGUCCGCCGCCAGGCGUACUCUUCGGUUUCUCAGAAUCGUGGACGAGUCUCAUUGGCUCCACACUAGACCCACUACUCUCGAAUCUGUACGAAGGUAUGAUGAGCUUUGGAUGCCCUUGAUUUCUGAUCUUACGGUUGGAUCAACAUCAACUCAUCAUCCCCCAAUGAUUCUUCCUCCUAUUGAUAUUCAAUGGGUCUGGUUUUGUCACACCUUCAAUCCGGUUUUUUACAGGCAAUACUGUGAUUCAAGGUUCUCAAAAAUCAUAGCAAAACCGGCUAUUUUCGACGAAGAGAAUGAAGAGUAUGCAUUGAAUAGAUGUAGAGAUAUUUGGAUCCGUAGAUACCCAUCUGAGCCAUUUGAAAAUGAAUUGGAUUCUGAUGAUAAUUCAGCCCUCUGUGUUACAAAUGAAGAUAUUUUAACCCAAGUAUUAAAGCUGAGAAAUUUAUAUGCCAAAUUAGCAGAGCCAUACAUGUCUGAGACUGUGUAUUUAAUAGCAGCCAAACAGAGAUACAAAAGCUAUCUAUCUAUGAUGCUGAGAUAUGCAGAUCAUGGGUGUGCUCGAUUAGUGCCUGCCUCAGAUAUUCUUCUAAUGUGGCUUACCCAUCAGAGCUAUCCCACGGUUUAUGCGGCUGAUGUGACGCAGAUGGAGGGGGAUACGGGGAAGGUGGCGGCGGUGUGGGAAGUGGCGAAGGAAGAAGAGGUGGAAGAAACCAAGAAGCUUUGGGAGAGAGUGUUUGAUCGACCGUAUGAGAAAGCUGGCAGCGCAGCCAAUUUAGGGGCUGCUGCUAAGGUCAAGUCGCCGGUUUACUGGGAUGUCACAGAUGAGGAUGUCAACACAAAAUACGAGUCCAUGCUACCCAGGUUCUUGCUGGAGGUUUGUGUAUUUGUAAAGGUUGACUCAAAGGUGAAGGCAUUGCAAGGGAAUAAAUCACAUGAAUUUCUGCGUCUCCGAAUGGUUAGAUGUCAUAGGGAGCUUAAGAUUGAUAAACAAAUAUCUAGCUUCCCCUUUGACUCGUGGCAAAAAGCUUGGCAUCUUUACUGUGAAUUUGGAACCAAGGGACUUGUGCUUGAGCUUCGUGACCGUGGUGGUGGCUGUUUCAAAGGAAGUACAUUGCAAGACACCGUGACAUUUCUAUGGAAUGACUUACUGCGAGUAACCUCUCUUACUCUAGGAAGAGAAGUUGAUGAUCAAAGAGUGAGAGUUGUCUCUUCGAUGACUCCUCCAGUUCAAGCAUCGUACUUGCUGAAAUGUGUGCCUGAUCGUGUCACUGAUGAUUCAGGAGCCAUGAUAUCAGAUGUGAUUCUGAGAAUGAACCAAUAUCGUCCUCAAGAAGGUCGGUGGUUGUCUCGCACUGUUCUGGAUCAUGCUGGGAGAGAGUGUUUCGUUGUUCGAAUGAGAGUGGGCGAAGGGUUUUGGAGGAGGGGCGGUGAAACUCCAUCAGCUGUGAAAUGGGAGGACAGGAUUAUAGAGAUUCGUGAAGGUUCUUGGUCUUAUGUUGUUGGUUCCAUUGGUCGAGCUCCUGUGAAAGUGGUAGGAACAGCAACACCAAAAGAACCAUCAGAACAAUUGAAAGCUUCAUGGAAAUUUUCAACAGGCGAUGAACUGAUGAUAUGGUGGGAAUCAUCAACCUCAAAAUCGGGGCUGAGUUUUCACCUGAACAGCGUAACACCUCCUGAUACGAUGGUAAAGUUGUUAAUAGGGCGGAAAAUGCAGUAUCAAAGGAGGAACAUCAGUUUGAAGCAUGAAGAAAAUGAAGAAAACGCAAACGAUGAACAAGAAAAUGAGCCAGAAGAAGAUGGGUUUGUGACAUUGGUUCGGUUCUCAGAGGAGAACCCAAUUGGAAAAGCAACAGCGCUUCUAAACUGGAAGCUACUGGUUGUAGAAUUCUUGCCUGAAGAAGAUGCAGUUUUGAUGCUUCUAUUAUGUGUUUCUAUUCUCAGAAGUGUGUCGGAGAUGCGAAAGGAAGAUGUGGGAAAGUUGUCGGUUAGGCAGAGAUUGAAGGAAGCAAAGCUUGGAGCUAGAGAUUGGGGUUCUGUUACACUUCAUCCCUUUUUGAGCUCUCCAUCCGUUUCUUCGCCUCAUCUUCAACCUUGGUAUUGGAAUGCUAAGGCCGUGAUGGCAUCUGAUGAUGUCACCAGACAACCGGCUUUGAAUUAUUCCCCGGCUGAAGGUGGUGAUAGGUUGUUCAAGCGAGGAAUUAUUGAUUGAGAGCUAGUGUUUUUGCACUAAUCACUUCAUACAAAUAAAGGUCAGGAAAUUAUGUAUACUAAUAGUAAUGUAGAAUGAGAGGAUGGGCAAAAGAAAUUAAACACAGUCUUUGAUUCCGGUAUUGUUGUAAGGUCUUGUGUUUUAGAAAGAUCUUGAAAAACAUAGUCAUUACACUAGUCUGUAUGAUGCAGGUUGGGAAAUAAAAGGGUUAUAUAUGUAGUAAAAGUUGUGUGCACCUACAUGAGUGUGCUUGAGAUCUGUCCUUGCAGAUCGGCAAUUACAAAAGCUGUUUUGACUUUGAUUGUUACUAAAGAAGGGAAUUUAAAAAUAAGAAAAGUUAUGAUAAAAGCAUUAAUAGCAA